AUGUCAAUAAACUAUCAAAGACAGCUUAGUAAAUAUACGAAUGAUGUGUUGAGUCAGGUGUGUACUACGUGCGGGCUAACGGUUAAGCCGAGAAAGCAGGACAAGAUCGAUGCAAUCACUAACGGAAUGCAGAUGGUAGCGAGGCUUCCGGCGAAAGUCAACGUAUUGGCAAUAGAUGUUGGGGUGAAGAACCUUUCAUACUGCAAGCUAUCGCAAGUAGGAAUCGGGGGUGACGAAAGACCCACACUAGAUAUAGACCAGUGGAAAAAAAUCGAUUUACACGAACAGUAUGGAUCGACCUACCGACCAUUGACGAACGACAUGACUUCGUUGGUUGACUCGAAGAGAUAUUUGAGCCAUCUUGCAUUCGAAUUGGUCAAUGACAUAGUGAUACGACGGGAUGAAACUCCUCAUGUAAUAGUGGUUGAAAACCAAAGGACAAGGUCGAAUCAGCUUCUGUCUACGCUACCUAAUGUACUACUCAACUAUACACUUGAGAAUAUGGUAUAUUCGACGAUUUGGACGCUUCAGCAACAACAUCCAAGGUUGCGAGACGCGAUGGUUAUGCCUAUGAAUGCAAGCAAAAUGUCACACUUUUGGUUAAAUCGAUUUAUUGAUCGCCCACAGAACUCUCAAACUAAGAAAUUACGCAUACAGCUAUUUUUUAAUUGGCUAUAUGGCGAUAAUGAUAAUGCACCGUUUGUCCAUAGUUUCAACUUGCCCGAAAGAUUUGGUGAUUUUUCAUCGCUACACAAAUCAAAGUAUCUAUUGGAUCAACUCGGGUUGCCUGUAGUGAACAAUAAAAUUGAUGAUUUGAUUGACAGCUUAUUGUACGGCUUGACCACCCACAGGUCUUUACAAAACCAGUAUUCUUUACUAGAGGUUUUAAAUUGCAACAGUGAUUUAUUGACGUUUGCUGAAGAUAGAGACAAGGAGCACUUUAGGCUAAUUCAAAAGGUGAUUAUUGACAAUAAUCUUGAAUUAUUAAAUAAGCCUUUGAAAGCCAAAAAAUCUUCAGCAAAAACAUCUGCAGUUUCAAAACUAUAG